AACUAAUGAAUAUUUAUUUGGAAAAUCAACAUUUUAUGAAAAAUAAAUCAUCGCAUAAAGAAAUAAACCUGAGAUUAAAAGUGGGCUUGUGUGCGCCCCUGCAGGAAGUAAGGAGCACGCCUGUAGUGUGACAUGAACAUCAGAAGACAGAGAUUCCAGUAAUAAAUUCUGAAGUAUGUGCCCCCCCUAUGAUUCCAGUUGGGAGCCUGUAUUCUCUGGGGGAAACAAUGGCAUCAUUAUUUUCCGCUUCUUAUUAGCACAGCCGGGAUCUCGCGGCUUCUCUCGAUUUCCUGCCUCAGUUGCUUUAUGUGGAAUGAAAUCCAUCAACAUGAAGAUUAUUUAGUGCAAAUUAAAACCUUCUCUCCAGAACAACAUGGAGCAGGCAGAGGUUACCUCAGGCCAAACCUGCAAACGUGACAGAGGCGCCUGCAGCCCCCUCCACGGGGAAACUGCACCGCUGACAAUAAAGAGGAAGGGCUGUGCCAAUGAAGGCUGAGAGUUGUGUCCAGCUGUCAGUCACUGUCCACCUACAUGUCCAUCAGCCGGCCUUAGUCCACACCUCUUGCCCAUCUGCCGGCCCUCGUUCACCACCACGACUCGCCCAUCUGCCGGCCCUCGUCCACCCCUCUCGCCCAUCUGCCGACCCUUGUCCACCCCUCUCGCCCAUCUGCCGGCCCUCGUCCACCAAAACAUGUCCAUCUGCCGGCCCUUGUCCACCCCUCUCGUCCACCACAACAUGCCCAUCAGCCGGCCCUUGUCCACACCUCUCAUCCAUCUGCAGGCCAUCAUCCACCACAACAUGUCCAUCUGCCGGCCAUCGUCCAUCACAACAUGUCCAUCUGCAGGCCCUUGUCCACCCCUCUCUCCCAUCUGCCGGCCCUUGUCCACCACAACAUGCCCAUCAGCCGGCCCUUGUCCACACCUCUCAUCUAUCUGCAGGCCAUAGUCCACCACAACAUGUCCAUCUGCCGGCCAUCGUCCAUCACAACAUGUCCAUCUGCAGGCCCUUGUCCACCCCUCUCGCCCAUCUGCCGGCCCUUGUCCACCACAACAUGCCCAUCAGCCGGCCCUUGUCCACACCUCUCAUCUAUCUGCAGGCCAUAGUCCACCACAACAUGUCCAUCUGCCGGCCCUUGUCCACACCUCUUAUCCAUCUGCAGGCCAUCGUCCAUCAGCCGGCCCUUGUCCACACCUCUCAUCCAUCUGCAGGCCAUCGUCCAUCACAACAUGUCCAUCUGCAGGCCCUUGUCCACCCCUCUCGCCCAUCUGCCGGCCCUUGUCCACCACAACAUGCCCAUCAGCCGGCCCUUGUCCACACCUCUCAUCUAUCUGCAGGCCAUAGUCCACCACAACAUGUCCAUCUGCCGGCCCUUGUCCACACCUCUUAUCCAUCUGCAGGCCAUCGUCCAUCAGCCGGCCCUUGUCCACACCUCUCAUCCAUCUGCAGGCCAUCGUCCAUCACAACAUGUCCAUCUGCAGGCCCUUGUCCACCCCUCUCGCCCAUCUGCCGGCCCUUGUCCACCACAACAUGCCCAUCAGCCGGCCCUUGUCCACACCUCUCAUCUAUCUGCAGGCCAUAG